AUGAGAAUUCAUACAUUACUCAUCAUUUGGAUAUUAUUACUUUUUACAAUUAUACAUGGAAAUACAUCAAAACAAUCGAAAAAUAAAGCAAAUAAAUUAAUACAAAAUAGGUGUGACAAAUUAUAUGGUGAGGAUCUAUCUCUAACAGAAAAUCGACAAUGGAAAUAUUUUUGUGAAAAAUGGAUUACAUCAGCACGUCAUCAUCAACAACAACGACAACAACAACGAAGUAAAAGUAUAGUAGAUGAAUCACAUAAGCGAAAAUUUCAUAAACCACGCAGUUUUCGAUCACGUCGUAGUAGGAAAAACUCUCAUACUUAUAGCCGAAGUAGCAGUAGCAGUCGAACAUCAUCGUUUGUUAGUCGAUAUCGUAAUAUACGUACUGGUGCAAUUGUAUCUCGUCCAACUGGAUGGUUAUGGAGUCGAACUCGACAUGUUUUCCUUCCGAUAUCUCGAUCCUAUUACUAUCGUUCUUCAUCUAAUCGAUAUACAACACCAACUACUAAUUCACAAAGUUAUUAUUAUUGUACAUCGAAUAGUAGUAAUUCUAUAGAAAUUCAAUGUAAUACUAUUAAUAAUGACUCGCAAUGUUGUGAAGAUGAAACAGCUCAUCAAGUUUUUUGUUGUGGUGGUGAAAUUGAUGCUGAUUAUAUAGCGGAUUUGAGUCAAGCAACAAAAAGAUUAUCACAACUUUUUUAUACUUUAUCAGCAAUUGCAUUAUUUAUGCAUCUAUUUAUGAAACGAUUGUAUCAAUAA